GGAGGAAGAGGAGGAGGAGGAGGGGAAGAGAUAAGUGAUCUAAAGGGGAGACGAUAGGACAAAAAAAAGUGAUGAUGAUGAAUACAUUGGAAAGUUUUUUGGCCCGGGCGAGGGUGUCAGAUUGAAUGGCCUGUGCGCAUGUGCGAAGGUGUCCAAACUGACAAUGCUGGUGAGAUGAAGAUAGUGUUGUUGCUGCUUCUGGGCUCACGGAGGACGACGAGAGGAAUCUACAAGCCGACAAGAUGAGAUCCAAGGCGAGGGCGAGAAAACUGGCUAAAAAUGACAGUGAGCCAGUUGACAGCAUGUUUGACACAGAAGCUGACCUCCCUGGUUUAGCAGCUGGCAGCACCGACAGCCCAGAAGAAGACGCAGAAGACGGCAUCAUCAACAUGUCCUCACUGCCCUCACCGACUCCUUCCCAUCGAAACAACCACCACCACCAUUUGCUGCACCCCCACAUCUACACGUCACACCAUCUCCACAACAGUAGCAGCAGCAAUGACCAGGACUUCACCACACCGAAGGAGGGCUCUCCCUACGAGGCACCUGUCUACAUUCCUGAUGACAUUCCCAUUCCCAGCGAGCUGGAGGUGCGAGAGUCCUCUGUGCCCGGUGCUGGCCUGGGCAUAUGGGCCAAGACUCGUAUUUGUGCUGGUGAGAGGUUUGGUUUGCACAGCACAAAGCAUCAUGGGUCCAUGGACAAAGACAGCUCCUUUGGAUGGGAGCAGAUGAUAAAUGACCAUGCAGAUGACUCCCCAGACAGCUGCAUCAAAAAGGUAAGAUAA